AUGAGGACCACAGUCGCUUGUCAAUGGUGUCGAAGUGCGAAAAUAAAAUGCCAUCACGAUGGGUCCCCGCCCUGUCGGUCCUGCUCGGUGAACCCCGGAAGGCAAUGUAUCUUGAGCACCCCGAAACAUAAAUCGAAACGACAUCAAAGCUCUUCUAGACCCAAAAGGCAUCCCCUAAGACGAGUUUCAGGGGCUACCAAAGAUCCAGAGGAACCAGGAACAGCAGCGGGUCGUUCCCUUUCUCACACCGAGUCAGCAAGGGACCAACCUACCAGAAUCAGCACGCAAUGGGAUCCUUUGAUGGGGUUGGAUGACAAACUCCUGAAAGAUGCAUUUUAUGUCUUUGUCCGUCAUUUCCCCGAGUUCGGGUUUUUCCAUCAGCCAACGUUUUGCAUACUUCUCGAGAAAGGAGGCAUUCCAACAUUACUGCUUUGUGGCAUCUUGGCCUUAAGUUCCCGAUUUAUGCCGGAGCUGGCCAGUCUUCAUGGCAGUCCUGGAAAGGCUUCCGAAUAUUUUGCGAAUUAUGUUCGUCAGAAUAUCAUGAGUCAUGCCAUGACCGCCAUGGAUAUCCACACAGUCCAGACGCUACUCAUGUUAAGUUUGUAUGACUGGGGAAAUGGCGAUGGCUCCCGUGCUUGGGUGUAUAACGGUAUGGCUACCCGUAUCAUUCAUGGGGUUUACGCACAGGUCAAGGAAUCUGCUAAGACGGACAUGUCCACUUUCAAAAACUCUCAACUGGAAGAGGCAUGUAGGACUGUCUGGGCUUGCUUUCUACUUGACGCCAUGAUUGGGUGUGGAAAAUGUCAGGCUGCCAAUUUCUCCAUGAGUAUAAGUAAUAUCCCUCUUCCCUCGGGCGAGGAUGACUUCGCCUUUGGAAAUAGUCAGCCUCGUAGACCCACCACAUUCAUGCAAGCGUGGGAUUUUGAAACCAAUGAUUACCACCCACAAGGUUCAUCAUCGCCAGAGAAAAUGGGAUAUGACCAAACAUUCGCUUUGAUAGUCCAAGGCUUCCACAUCUGGCAAACUAUUUCAUCUUGGGUUUCGACCGGGGGGAGAAAACGUGAGUCGCCGUCAUCAAGAGAGCCUCCUUGGCGAAGCUGCUCAUUCUGGUCUCGCAGUAUGGCCGCCCUAAAAGAUUGGCGUGCAUCACAAUCUCCACAGUUAAUCUAUUCUGCGUCGAAUAUAAACCUUCAAGUCUACAUUUCACGCAGCGAAGGGGAACGUUUCGUUAUCACGAACCUUCUCUAUUACUUGAAUCUAAUUCUGCUUCACCGGGAAUAUAUCCCUUUCGUGCCUCAGCUGAUCAACCGGCCACAAGGUCCAAUACAGCCUCCCUUGUUGAUAGAAGAGGCUCCUCUUGGAUGGUGGGAUCAGAGUGCGCAAGAACUGUUUGCAGCUGCGUCAAAUAUCAUCCAAAUUAUGCAGGAGCUUAAUAAGGGUGGCACCCAAUUUCAGACACCAUUUACAUGCUUUUGCGUCUUCAGUGCUGCGUCCACUCUCUGUUAUGCGAAUACAUGGCCUUACAUGGCACCCGGACUCGACCCUCAAACUUCAUCAACGAUGUUCUCAUGGGCAUCUGCAUGGCUAAGCCAAGCAUGCAAGUUCUGGAAAGUCGCAAAUGGAUGGUACAGGACAAAUCUCACUUUAUGCCAGCUUUAUACACAGAUUAAGAUGGAUCCCACUCAGCUCCUAGAUGUGCGACGAGAUGUAUUCACGGUCCUGGAGGAGAAUAUCCAGCGACUAGCAGGUUCGGAGACCUUGGAUCUAGCCGAUAUACCGACCGCGAACAUACUUUUAUUACUGCAGAGACAACAAAGGGAAACAGAGAGCAGCAGCGAGGCGAACACGGGAGAGAGAACCAAGGUUACACCCUUGUUGGUAGAAAGUGGACAAGAGCCUCCCGCGGCAAUUCCAACUCUACCCUCCUACCUAAACUCUGACCAGGACCUGUUUGCAAAUAUUCUAUUAGACCCUUCCGGUGACUGGACACGCCCUUUUAUUGACACUACACAAAUUUCUAGGCCAUGA